GACAUCACUUAGCUAUAUAGUGAGAUCGCGAGUGGUUAGUCUUGAGUGACAGAGGAAGCUGCUCCCUGACUGAUAAGCAGGCACUGCAAUAGAGAGACACAUGCUGUUUCAUAAGGAUACGCCUGAUUUCCAGAUAUGACCAUGUUUUUGUGGCUUGAACUCUUGGCAUUUGGCUUUGCCCUUCUGGACAACAAUGUUUUUGUCAAAGGAGAAGAAACAGUAGCAGAAACUAAAAAUUCUCCCUUGCCCACAAGCACAUCAUCUCCAUCUGCACGCUCCACUCCACACUCACCUGCAGGCAACAGUAAAGGGCAAGUGCAGAUACCUACUGAAACUGGCAUCAUUCCAACAAGCAGCACAAACCCCAGCACUCAUGAAGACUCAAACUCUUCCUUUGGAUCCAGCAAUCAGCCACACAGCAGCACUGCUGCCCUUACUUCACUCACUCCUGCUACCACCACAUAUAAACCAUCAGGUGUUUCCAAUCAGUCACGCUUGCACACCACCUCACCAUCCGUGAACCAUACUGCAACCAGCACUCAAGCAAUCAUUUCUCAGACUUCCUCAAACACCACUUUGACUACUCCCACUCUCACAACAGUACCUACUAAAGUGACAACUCCAAUAUCUUGUGAAAAAAUUGAUUUUAAAGUGACAUAUAACUACAGUAAUGUAAGCUCAGUCACUGCAAAGUUGAACAUUUCUGGAGAAAAGAGAGAAUACAAUAUUUCCUACAACUCCACUUAUAUAGGGAAAAAUGAAGACCAAAGUAUUGCAGGACUUAUGGAAUGUCAGACAUAUAACAUUACAGUUGAAUGUAAAGAAUGCUGCAGCAUAUCACAUGUAAUUCAUAUCCCACCUGAACCAGAGAAACCUAAGGGACUUCAAAAUGGAAGCAUUACUUCCACAAGUAUAUCAUUUAGCUGGGAAGCACCCGAAAAAAUACCAGAAGGUUCUACCCAUGGCUAUCGCGUUACGUGUCCGCUUUACGGGUCAGUGUGCCCUCACCACAAUGGAGGAAUUGGUGAAAGCUCUGGUACAAACCACGGCAGACCAGCAGGAGGCUACCCGGAUACAGGGGAUGGCAAUGUAGGAAUCUACCAGUUUCCAAUAAGAAACCACCCAGUUGUUAGUGAACCAAGCAGCCCAAGAUUGAGCUCUCCUCUGAGAGAGGCAUGCACAGCUGUUCAAGAAGACCUGCACCCAGUGGUCAAAAACCCUGAACAGGUGAGGGUGUCUCCUGAUUUAACACCAGCCCAGAAGAAGGAGAUAUUUGAGAUGAUCAUCCAGAACCAAGAUGUAUUCUUGACAAAGCCAGGUUGCACAACUGAGACAUAUCACCACAUCAUCACGAACCCUGGAGCCAGAGUAACAGUGAGGCCAUACCAGGUAUCAGCAGCCAAAAGGGAGGAAAUAAAAGUGGAAGUGAAAAAAAUGCUGGAGAUGGGGACCAUCAAAGAGUCCCACAGUCAGUGGCCCAGUCCGAUAGCGCUGGUGCCCAAACCUGAUGGCACCACAAGGUUAUGCAACGACUUCUGUCGACUAAACGAGAUAGUCCAGUUCGAUGCAUACCCCACACCCCGCAUAGACAAACUAGUGGACCGUCUGGGUAAUGCCCCAUACUUGACGACCCUAGACUUGACAAAGGGGUACUGGCAGAUUCCCCUAGCCGAAGACGGCAAAUGUGUCAAUGAGCUCACUUUUAACUGCCUUGAGUUACAGCCUUCCAAACUAUAUAAUGUGUCAGUAGAGGCAUACAUAAAAAGCAAAUAUUCAUCAAACACAUUUUAUGGGGAUGCUGAAACUAAAACAUGGCGCACAGAUGCAUCAAAACCAAAAAAAGUGACAAAUAUAGAAAAAAAAUGGAUAUCCAAUAAUGCUGUCCUCAUUACAUGUGAGGCGCAAUCUGUAAAUUGGGAGAAAAAAAUAUUCACACUGGUAUGGGAGGGGAAGACUGAAACUAAGGAAGGCACAUGUGAGUUUCAAAAAGAAGAUCUUUAUUAUCUGAAGCAAUACAACUUUGAGAUUUAUCUGGACAAUGGAAAAUAUAAAGGGGAGGCUAUCAAAGGCGAAGUAACGACAAAAUACAAUUCUCAAGCCCUGAUUAUAUUCCUGGCGUUCUUGAUUAUUGUGACAUCAAUUGCCUUACUUAUUGUUCUGUAUAAAAUCUAUGAUCUCCACAAAGAGAAAUUAAGCAAUUCAGGUGAAGAUGUGGUGCUUGUUAAGAGAGAUGAUGAAAAACAACUGAUGAAUGUAGAGCCAAUUCCUGCAGAAAUGUUGUUGGAAACCUACAAGAGAAAGAUUGCUGAUGAAGGAAGACUUUUCCUUGAUGAAUUUCAGAGCAUUCCCAGAGUUUUCUCUAAGUUUUCAAUAAAGGAAGCACGCAAAAACUACAACCAAAACAAAAACCGUUACAUUGAUAUUCUCCCUUAUGAUUAUAACCGAGUUGAACUCUCAGAGAUGAACGGAGACCCAGGAUCAGACUAUAUAAAUGCAAGCCAUAUUGAUGGUUUCAAAGAACCAAGGAAGUAUAUUGCUGCACAAGGCCCCAAGGAUGAGACCACUGAUGAUUUCUGGAGAAUGAUCUGGGAACACAAGGCAACAAUUAUUGUUAUGGUGACUCGCUGUGAAGAAAAUAAUAGGAACAAAUGUGCCCAAUACUGGCCGACAACGGAGAAUAGCACUGAAACUUUUGGGGACAUUGUUGUGAAGAGCAAUGAAAGUAAAAUGUGUCCUGACUACAUUAUUCAGAAACUCCAUAUUACAAAUAGAAAGGAGAAGACACCUGGGAGAGAUGUGACUCACAUUCAGUUCACUAGCUGGCCAGAUCAUGGAGUGCCUGAAGAUCCUCAUCUUCUCCUCAAAUUACGCCGCAGAGUUAAUGCCCUAAGCAACUUUUUUAGUGGCCCAGUAGUGAUUCAUUGCAGUGCUGGUGUUGGACGAACUGGAACCUAUAUUGCGAUCGACGCUAUGCUGGAGGGGCUAGAGGUAGAAGGCAGAGUGGAUGUUUAUGGCUAUGUUGUAAAGCUCCGUCGACAGCGUUGCCUCAUGGUUCAAGUAGAGGCACAGUACAUCCUGAUCCAUCAAGCACUGGUGGAAUACAAUCAGUUUGGUGAAACAGAGGUCACGCUCUCUGAACUGCACACCUAUCUUAAUAAUCUGAAGAAAAGAGAUCCUCCCAGUGACCCCUCUCUGCUGGAAGCAGAAUUUCAGAGGCUACCAUCCUACAGGGGAUGGCGGACACAGAACACUGGCAAUCGACAGGAAAAUAAAAGUAAAAACCGGAAUUCCAAAAUGAUUCCAUAUGACUUUAACAGAGUACCAAUUAAACAUGAAGAGGAGAAAAGCAAAGAGAGUGAACAUGAUUCAGAGGAAUCAUCUGAUGAGGACAGUGAUUGUGAGGAAGCAAGCAGAUACAUAAAUGCAUCAUUCAUAACUGGCUACUGGGGUCCAAAAGAAAUGAUUGCAACACAAGGGCCACUACCAGAAACGAUCAAUGACUUCUGGCAAAUGAUCUUUCAGAGAAAAGUCAAAGUAAUUGUUAUGCUGACAGAGCUGAAAGAAGGAGAUCAGCAACUCUGUGCACAAUAUUGGGGAGAAGGAAAACAAACAUAUGAAGGCAUAGAAGUUGAAAUGAAAGAUGUCAACCUGUCUUCUAGUUACACCAUACGCGCAUUUGAUGUAACACAUGUGAAGAGGAAAGAAACUCGAAAUGUGUAUUUGUACCAGUACCACAAGUGGAAUGGCUUGGACCUUCCUGAAAACCCCAAAGACUUAGUCAACAUGAUUCUGAACCUCAAACAAAAACUUGCAGCUAAAAGUGUCACUGAGGACAGCAGAUGCAGCCGGAGCAUUCCAAUUGUCAUUCACUGCCGUGAUGGAUCUGAACAAACUGGUGUGUUUUGCGCCUUGUUGACUCUCUUGGAAAGUGCAGAAACAGAAGAUGUGAUUGAUGUCUUCCAAGUAGUGAAAUCUCUUCGACGUGCCAGACCAGGAAUGGUCCCCACUUUUGAACAAUACCAGUUCCUGUAUGAUACUAUUAGCAGCAUCUACCCUGCACAGAAUGGACAAGUAAAGAAAAACGGCAAGCAGGAAGAUACAGUUGAAAUUAACAUUGAAGUAGAUAAAACAGAUCAGGAAGCUGAUUUGAUUACUAUCGAUAUCACCUCACUGGAGUCAGAGGCCAAUAUGAAUAUGGAAGCGCGUGAAGAUUCCAAAUCUGCAGAUGGCACUCAGGGAACAGAAGGCUCUUCAAAUGGACCCAAGACUCCAGUUUUAACUGAGAGUGCAUAGAAAAAUAGAUGAAAUUUGGAUGUACAAAGGCAUCUUAAACAGAAUAAGUAGUAGAGAUUUGAUCUUGAGUUAAUUUUUCAGAGGUACAGUAUGGAAAGAAUACUUGAAAUUUGUGGAUAAUGUAAUGCACUGUGAAAAUUUAAUUUUUGUGUAGAUUUGCAUUUUAUUCCUUUCAAAUUAUUUGAAUUUUUGAUCUUUUUUACAAAUCUGUAUAUUGUAAUGCUGAUUUUCAUUAUGGUCUGGUAUUCAGGAGUGGAAAGAAAAGUCAUGCUACCUUUUUUCAAUCUUAUUUUUUGUUAUAAGAAAGUAAGUAGCCAGGACCGGAAUCUCUAAUAAUGUACAGUCAUAAAUAUAAAGUUAGAAGUAUGGCAAAUAUGAGUUUUCUUUUAACUAAUUAUUGUCUUACUAUCUUUAAAUUGACUUAGUGGGUAAGGUAUAUGGCCUGAAUUUCAGAAAUGCAAUUCCUAUUGACUUUAGUUAGGGUUGUGCUUGCUUUGCAGGUGCUUUGCAGAAUACCAAAGCCAUAUCUGGGCCAUAUCUUACAGCUCCAUUGAAGUCUAUGGGGAUUUACACCAGCUGAGUAACUGGUCCUACACAUCCUUACCUAUCUAGGACUGUAAGCUUUGCAUUUUUCUAACUGGCCUCAAGAUGUCCUCAUUGCUCCACACAACUCCAUCUGAGGCUUCAAUAUUUGACUCUGAAAUAAGAAAGUCCAGAACUUGGAGUAUUGACUGAUUGGAGAAACUCUGAUAGUUAAUUGAAUUGACAUUUGGCAACUUGAGAUCCCAUGUGUUACCACAAUGCUUCUUGUGCUAAUUUUUUCUAAUUUAAAGAGAGCUUCUGCAAAAGUGUUGUACCUAUUAUGUAUAUUAAACAUUCCAAAAUACUAUGCUACUAAUAGUACACGCUACUAGCACAUUGCUGAUUUUAUUUAGUCGUUUCAUAAUAAUAUGAUGAUUUGUAUGUUACAGUUUGGAUUAUUUUACUAUUGCCUUAGUGGAUUUCAGCCUAAUCUUUUAAAGCCAAAUAAAAAGGACAAUUAAUAAAUUGCACAGUGGGAAUUAUUCUG